GUAGAAGUGCUAUUUGUGUCCAUUAUAUCGAUAAUAGUCUGUGUUUUGUUGAACGCAAUUAUAAGCGAAACACAAAUACGAGUAUUGAGUGAAUCUGUUGUCCACUUGUGGUGUGUUUGGCCUCAAAGCCAGUCGUCGAGUGCUGUCAUUGUCUGUGUCUUGCGGUGCAGUAGUUGUGGUCACACGAGUUGGCCGCGACUCCCAGUGCAGAGGGAAAUGGUGGCCAACAUUGGCUACAAUAACACCGACGAAAUGGACGAUUUGCCCGACGAAGACGUGGCCAAAGACUUCUACAUCAAAUACGAGCCCAAAGAAGUGCUCGGAAGAGGUGUGUCGAGUACUGUUCGCCGAUGUGUGGAGAAAGAGACGGGCCGUGAGUUCGCCGCCAAGAUUAUCGACGUGAGCGCCGAUCUCGAAGACUCUCAGGGCCUGACUCUACGCGAGGCAUCACUUCGAGAGAUCAAUAUUCUUCGCCUGUCGGCCGGACACCCGUAUAUCAUCGAAUUACACGAUGUGUUUGAAUCAAACACUUAUGUAUUUCUGGUCUUUGAAUUAUGCAAGAAUGGAGAGCUUUUUGAUUAUCUCACGAGUGUUGUGGCCUUAUCUGAGAAACGGACAAAAGCUAUAAUGAAACAACUGUUCGAAGGACUUCAUUAUAUCCAUUCACAUAAUGUGGUCCACAGAGACCUUAAACCUGAAAAUAUUUUACUCGACGAUAAUUUGAAUAUAAAAAUCUCUGAUUUCGGUUUCGCGAGGGGUAUAUCACCGAAGGAACGGCUAUACGACCUGUGCGGAACUCCCGGUUAUUUGGCUCCGGAAUUAUUACGCGCGUCAAUGUAUGAGAACUCCGAUGGUUACGGCAAAGAAGUGGAUCUGUGGGCCUGUGGUGUCAUUAUGUAUACACUGUUAGUGGGAUUUCCGCCCUUUUGGCACAGAAAGCAGAUGAUUAUGUUGAGGAAUAUCAUGGAAGGCAAAUACGAGUUCUGUAGCCCUGAAUGGGAUGACAUCACAGAUCAGCCCAAAGAUCUCAUUAAAAAACUAUUGGUUAUCGAUCCGAGUGAGAGGAUCAGCGCCGCCGAUGCCCUAAAGCAUGGCUUCUUUCAAACGGUGCGCUCACGUGUCGGCCCAUUCAACGCUAGAAAAACGUUUAAAUUGGCGAUAAUGACUGUGCGGGCGAUGAUCCGGAUUAAGAGAUUAAAACAUACGCCCGAACCGUUAAGCUUAGAGAUGGUCAGAAUUAAUCCAUAUAAGAUUAAGACGUUGAGAAAAGCUAUAGACGGCUGUGCUUUCCGUGUAUACCAUCAUUGGGUAAAGAGAGGCGAAGUGCAGAACAGAGCGGCGCUCUUCGAGAAUAGGCCUAAAAUCGAAGCGAAACUCUUAUACCAGGAAUCGCUUAUAGUUGCAAACAUUAGGAGUUAGUUAUUUAGUAAACCAUAGGAUAAAAUACUCAUCCCCUUUACAAACCUCACACCCAGUCAUCGCAACUCAUAUUUUGUAAAUCAUUUGUAAAUAAGUUUUAAGUUAUUUUCGGUUUAAGUGACUAAAAAGAGACACUAAAUCAGGUGAAUAGCAGUAAGUCGUGAAUUUGAAGCGCGAAUUAGGCCAACCAAUUAUGACGAUAAUAACAAAUUUACAACACAUUAUAUAAAUAUUAAAAAACUGAUUGUUAUAUAUUUUGAGAAAAAAAUAAAUUAUGAAAUGAUGUGAUUCUGUAUAA